AUGAAAAAAGUAAAAAAUGAAAUUUCAAAUUUCCUUUCCUUUGAUUUAAAAAAUAAGCAAUCAUUAAUAAAUUUUUAUAAAGUUUUAAAUAAAGAAUAUAUAUGUGGAGAAAUUCAUAAAAAUUUAAUCUUAAAUCCUAAUCAGAAAUCCUCGUUUCUUUAUUUUGAACUCAGGCAAAAUGAAGUAGUAUUAGGGUUUAAAGAUACAAAUAAUGAUUUAUAUCAAAAAUUACUUAAAAUAAAAGAUAGCAAAAUAUUUGGAGAUGAUAUAAAAGAGGACGAAGAUAUUUCACAUUUAAUUAAAGACAUAAAAAACUACUCUUACAUUCAAGGAGGAGCCAUAAUAACAUUUCAUAAAAAGUUACUAACAGAUUACAUAAUCUUAAAAUUAGAGAAAUUCAAAGAAAUAACAGAUAAAUAA